UUCAGUAUGACUCGAGGGGUUAGGACGUAAGUUUGCUUUUCUCGGAUAACCCAUUUCCGAUUGAGUCGCCAAUUUUCCAUUGAACGGGGAGUUAAUUGUGCGUUGGACGGGUGGAUGCGAUAAAACACGGCGACAACAGUUUUGAAUAUCGCGGGUUUGGAUUUUAGUUCGGGUAUUUACGAUUGUCAAAGCCGUCUAUUGGCGGUGCAGAUGUUUUGUGUCUGUUUAAUGUGAUUUUCCAUGUGAUAUGGCGGGAAUAACGAGAAAUUAAAACGUUUUAUGGUCUCAUUCACUUUGGCUAUGGCAGAAACAGUUAAUAUGGGGGAAGUCGAAGAAUUGCAUUCCAAAGAAGAUGGUGCUAUAGUAAAUGGUGAUGUUACUAGUGAUGUAGAUAUGGAAAAUGAAGCUAAUGAGGAGAUUAAAAAAGUGAGUCAAUCUGAGGAAAUGGAAGUGGAUGACCCCAGCUCUGAAACCACAGAGACCAAAGAAGCUAACAGUACACAAGUAGAAAGUAAUGGUAUGGAUGACAGUGUGGAGGAAAUCAAAGAAAUUGAGGACAAGGAAGAAGAAAAUAUUAAUGAUGACGAAGAGAAAGAUGAUGAUGAUGAUGAUGAAAAAGAGGAAGAGGAUGAAGAUAAAGAAGAUGAGGAAGAUGAUAAUAAUCAAUCAGAAAAUAGUGAAAACAAUUGUGACAGUGUAGAUAAUGAUAAUGAUAUUGGGGGUGAAUCAAAUAGUGAUGAAAAGGAAGAAACAGGGGAUAUUGAAAAAGCUAGUGAUAAAAUUAUAAUAGAGGAGAUUUCUGAAAAUAAAUCAGUGGAUGGUGAUGAUGUACAUGAAAUAGAUGAUAAUGAUGAUCAUGACGAAUCAAGUCAGGCUAGUAGUGUUCCCAGUAAAACUGCAUCUGAAAGCAACACUAAUUCUGAAACAAUUGAACUGAAUGACUCUGGUGGUGAAGAUGAUGGUGAUGUGAUGAUAGUAGACGUGCCUAAAGAAAAUGGCACAGACAGUAAAAAGGUUACAGAAGUGAUAGACUUGGAAACUCCUGAGAAAAAGGAAAAACCAAAAGGCAAGGACGUGACACCACGUAGAAGUUCUAGGAAUUUAAAUAAAAGCAAAAGUUAUUGUGAUGAAAGUGAUAAAGAAGAGGAGGUUAAACGUCAACAUUCUUCUGAAGAAUCAGACAUUGAAGAAGUAACACCACAAGAUCCUUUAGCUGUGAGUGAUGCUGUCACUAUAGAAAGAAUUCCUAUGAAGAAAACACCAUCGUCGACAAUUGUCGUAAAAGACACAAAACGUUUAGUAGAAAUUGCGGCAAAAUCUAGCAACACAAGUAGUAAAAAGGAACCCACUCUGGUAAUUAUAGACACCAAUUCAAUUUUGUCAGGGAGAGGGGCAGUUCCAGUUAAUAACAAACCUACCAUAUCUACCUCUGCUUAUACACCAGUGCUUCCAAUGGCUUUGCCUGCACAGGGUAUGUACCCAGCCAACAUGAGAGCAACUAUAACGCCUAUUCCAUCUACAAACAAUGUAUCGAAGUCAAGUCCUGUCUCUUCAAUACCAGCAGUUUCUACACCAUUGUUGCCUACAUUAACAGAUGAUAUGUAUGUGGUGGAAGCACCAUCAUUUAUUGUUCCAUACGUGUAUGAAAAACCUCCUGUCAAAGAUUUCAAGGAGUUUCUCAGCGAUUACAUGAAACUGAUCCAGCAACAAAUCAAGGAAGAGGAAGAGGAGGAACGAAAAAAGAACAAAGCCAAAAAUAGGGAACCCAGUCCUGAACCCACUCCCAAAACAGACAAGUCGAAAAAGAAAAAAGGCGACGACGACACCGAUUACAACAUAGAUGAGGAAAAAGACGUCGACUCUGAAGAGGAAUCCGCCAAAGUAUUGAAAAAAGACCCUAACAAGCCCUCCUCGUAUUUUGACAGCCCCCUAGGUAAAUUCUUCUCCGGCAUCGGCUUCAACCUGGUACAGGAGUACGUGCAAUCCGACCUGCUCAGGCAGCAGAAGCGGAAACGGGACCGCGAGGGCGGCCAGAACAAGGAGACUGAAAAAACCAUUCACUCCUUGAUCAAAAACUUAGAAUUCAGCAAGGAAAACAAUGAACCGUUCAAGAUGCAGUUGCGUAAAUGCGAACUGUGUAAUUUCAAGACUGAAUCGAGUCUCGCCCUCGCCUACCAUCUGGAAACACCCCACAUGAAGAACUUCGUCUAUCGUUGCAACUUCUGCACGUACGAGGUGCGCAGCCCCCACGACAUACUGUUCCACAUGGAGGCCGAACACACGGUGCGGGGCCACCUGGAGCGUGCGCCCGCCUUCCAUCAGUGUUCGAACUGUCCAUUCGAGGACAACCAGAAGGGCAAGCUCUCCAGGCAUUUGGUCGCGUGCACCAAGAAGUUCAAGCCCGAACGAAAUCUCGAGCCGCCGGUCGAUUGGGAACCGCCGGCGAAAAUACCGCGAGUGCCUAAGAUGCGGCAACAGGGUCUCAACGCCACGGCGGCCGCCUACCAAGCGAUGUCGAAGAAUUCACAAUACCAGUUCUUAUCGAAGAUGCAACUGCAGAGUACCCAGCAACCGGCGGUGUUCAACAGAGGCCGCGGCCGACCGCCCACCAUCACCAACACCAAAGUCCCACCCGUGUUACGAUCUCCCGGCAUGGUCUUCAGCAAAUCGAACAUGAGCGGCGGAUCGGUCCUGGUACCAACAAAUUAUCAAGUCAGUGGCAAUCAGGUAUAUCAGGUGGUUGGAGGACAGGAGUUAGGGGGACGACUUGGCAACCCUGGCCAUAUGAGUUUUGUCCCCAAUAUACCCUCCGCCUCUAGCUCCCUCGCAGUCCAGCAACCCAGCACGAAGAAACCAUUACAUCAGCCCAGCAUCUCGAUAACACCCCUGCCCCGUUCAACGACCUCCUCAUCGCUGUCGAAUGCGGCCGGUUCGGGAACGGGCGCCGCCAAACCGGGCGACAACAACUCCAAAAAUUCCUUUGUGAUAUGCGAGAUCUGCGACGGUUACAUUAAAGACCUCGAACAGCUCCGCAACCACAUGCAAUGGAUCCACAAAAUCAAGAUUCAUCCAAAGAUGAUCUACAACAGGCCGCCACUUAAUUGCCAGAAGUGUCAGUUCCGAUUCUUCACGGAUCAGGGUCUCGAAAGGCACUUGCUGGGCUCGCAUGGACUUGUCACAUCAAGCAUGCAAGACGCCGCCAAUAAGAGCAAGGACUCCGGACGAUGUCCAGUGUGUGGAAGGGUGUAUCAGUGGAAGCUAUUGAACCACGUGGCCCGCGACCACAAUAUGACGCUGAAACCCGCUCAUCUGUCGUACAAGUGCACCGUGUGCACGGCCACGUUUGGCAUGUAUAAACAGUUCGAGAAUCACGUAUACUCGGCGCACAGCGUCGUCGCCAAACGAGCCAUGGACAAGAAGAGCGCGUCAGCGUCGCCCUCUUCGUCUGCGGCGUCUGCGGCCAAGGAUCUCAAGCCGUUGAAGAUAAACGACGAGAUCACGAUCAUACCGCAACCGCUGAAGACGAGCAAAGAAGGCAGUCCAAGCACGAGCAAAAAUGAAGAAACGACCCCUGCGAGUUCAACUCGGGCAGAGAGAUUGGCUCGACGCAACGCGAUCGGCGGCGAUGCUUGAGCUGCGUCGUGCGAUGCGAUAAAAUUUUGUAAAGUUGAUGUGUACAGACGUUCUGCGCGUAUAUUUUAAUAUAUUUUUCAAAAUGGCUGGACCAAGUCGUUUCACGAUUGAAUAUGAAGCGCCUGUCUAUAAAUCAUAUUGUUGCAUUAUACUCUCAAAUCUGUAUAAGUACUAUUUAUUUAUAUGUGAAAAUAAGACAUGAUUUUUUAUGGUAUAGGCUAGGCAGAAAUUAAAAAAAAAACAAAUGUUGCACUAUUGUAAAGACUAAAGAAUAGUAUAGAUUAUGUGUUUUCUUUAGUAAUUUUAGAAUUGUUUUCAAAUAAAUAAAUAAAUAAAUUGUGAAUGUAAAUAAGGAUUUAUUUGUUUAUUUGCCAUAUUUAUUUUUAUAUCAGUACCAAUAUCCUUUGUUUAUUAAAAUAUUUCUGGAAAUAAAAGUAGUGCUACUCUUUUCUA